UUUUCUUUUCUUUUAUUGAGAGAGGGAUUCUCUGUGUAGCCUUGGCUGUCCUGGCACUUUACUCUGUAGACCAGGCUCGCCUCGAACUCAGAGAUCCAACUGCCUCCACCUCCCAAGUGUUGGGAUUAAGGCCUGUGCUACUAUACCCUGCUUUAGUAUUUGUCAACUCAAUGCUUAGGGUGAUUCUGUAAACUUCCAGCUGCUGGGAAGACUGAAAAUUGACUUCUAGGAGUAAGAGUAAUAUUAGAACCUCUGCAUAGGUCUGUGGUGGGAAUUUAAUGAAGACAUACUCAGCUUAGUGUCUGGCACACAGUAGGUGCUUGAUAAGCAUUCUUAGUAUUAUUAAUGUGGAUAAAUUUAUAACAAAACAAGUGAUUUGUUUCUGCUUCUCAAAGCCCCUUUCACCAAGGGAGCACUCUGUGGUUGCUGGGCUCUUGGGCUAGAGUUCAUGAAGAGGAUUGUGAGGAAGUCUGAGCUGUGUCUGGGUGGGGGAUGGGACAAACCUGUAACAAAGAGCACCACCCUUAGGCAGGCUUCGUAUGUCAUAGAGAUCUCAGUUAUCUUGGCCAGCAGAGCCCCUCUGGAGCUCUCUGCAGUCAUGGGGCCUUCUCAGCUUGUUCGAGCCCCUAGGCCUCGGGGCAUGAGCUCUCCCUACCGAAGGCCAGGUAUGGGUGGACCCAGGCGCCGGUGUCCCAAGAUGUUCAAGUGUAGCCGCAGGACAUACCGGCAGAAACCCCGAGGCCCAACUGCCACUGAUCCGUCUUCUGUGGCCACAAACAUCAGUGACACGGACACUACCACCAGUGUGUGGAUCCUCUCACCUCAAGAGGAAAUCUUCACACCGAGAUAGAGCAAGCAGUGAAUUCUUCCUACUGUUUUUUUUUUUUAAAUAAAAAUGUAAGAAGACAGCAUGCACGAUGGUUUAUAAUCCCAGCACUUUGAAGACGGAGACAGGAGGAUUGCCAGAAAUUUGAAGUCAGUGAGCCUCAAGUCAUCCUGGGCUACAGAAUGGGACCUUGCCUCGAAACAAAAUGAAAAACAGGGACUGGAGAGACUGCAUAGUGGUUAAGAGCAUCUGUUUUUGCACAAGACCAGAGUUUGACUCCCAACACCCACAUGGUGGUUCAGAACCAACCAUCACUAGAGGGGAUCUAUGGACAGGGCCUACACAUAAAUAAACACACACACACACACACACACACACACACACACACACACAAAUAAAGAAGUAACUCUGCUUAAAUGAAGCAAAAUAUUUACUGAAAAUAAAAAUAAGUAAAACUUAAAAAUA